AUGGUGGAAGUUGAUGCAUUGAUAGCCUUGACAGCUCAAAUCUCAGCAAUGCAGAAUAUGAUAACCACACAUUUUAACAACUUGGCAUUAAGGAACCAAAUAGCUCUAGGUUAUGUGGGUAUCCCGAAGUAUAACAAAUAUAUCAAGUACGUUGUGACAAACAAGAGCAUGUUGGUAGAAUAUGAGACAAUGGCACUCACUGAGGAGUGCAGUUCUAGAAUUCUGAACAAGGUCAAACUAUUAGCCAAGUUGCAAGGUCCUGGGAGUUUCAUAGUACAGGUAACUAUUGGUAAGUUUAUCUAUGCUAGAGGUCUCUGUGAUUUGGGUGCAUGUGUUAACUUGAUGCCCAGAUAUAUAUUUAAGAAAUUGAGUCUGGAAGACCCCAAGCCUACCAUAAUUUUGUUGCAAUUGGCAGAUCGCUCUAUGGCUAGGCUAGAUGGUAUCAUUGAGGAUGUUUUAGUCCAAGAGGUAUCUCUUAUCUUCCUUGUUGUCUUUGUUGUUCUAGACUUUGAGCCUUACCCAGAGGUUCGUUUCAUCUUAGGACGCCCAUUCUUAGAAAUGGGAGGGGUGUUGAUUGAUGUUGCUGCUGAGAGAUUAACUAUGAGAGCACAUGAUAAGGUGGAGGUGUUUGAUGUUUAUUAG